AAGUAUAGCUACUUCCAACACUCCUUCCAUUACCCAUUCUUAAGCUGCACUGGAAUUGAAGGCUGGGAGAUUUAUUCUUACUGUUCCACUCGUCAUUUUGCUCAUAGCAAUACGGUCCAUAUGUGUUCAACAUCGAUGCGCGCUCCCGUCUGUCACUCACGCGACCCUCUUCUUCUCCACCUCUCACCACAACCAUGCCUCGAAUUCGAAGAUGGCGCGUAGUCGCACUCACUCUAGCCUUCAUCGCCACCUCUCUCUACUACCUCGCGAACCACCGCAAUACCUGGAAUUACGGCUACACGUCCUACAUUUCUCCUCCCCGUCCCGCUCCCACCGUCGCGCCUGACGGACAGAUACAUUGGGAAAAGCUCCCCGAACGAUAUCCCGUCUCGUCAUUGAUACCGCUGCCAACUGGCGCCCCGAGGAAGAUCCCCACGGUGCAAGCUGCGCAGCCGGAAGAGAAUGACGCGCAGCGGGCGGAAAGGUUGGAGCGUAGGGCGGCGGUGAAGGAGAGUUUCGCACACAGUUGGAAGGGAUAUAAACAGCAUGCUUGGCUACGAGAUGAAGUGGCGCCCAUAUCAGGACGUUGGAAAGAUACGUUUGGAGGCUGGGCGGCUACCUUGGUUGAUUCGCUGGACUCGUUGUGGAUUAUGGACAUGCGGGACGAGUUCGAGGCGGCUGUUGCUGCUAUCGAGAAGAUCGAUUUCAGUACAACGGAAACUAGAGAUAUUAAUGUUUUCGAGACGACUAUUAGAUAUAUGGGUGGGUUUCUGGCGGCGUAUGAUAUUAGUGAGGGGAAAUACCCAGCGUUGCUGUCGAAAGCAGUAGAAGUAGGGGAGUUAUUAAUGUCCUGUUUUGAUACGCCGAAUAGGAUGCCUAUAGCAAGGUGGGAUUGGAAGAAGUAUACGGAAGGCGUUGCACAGAAAGCCCCUUCGAGAGUCCUGGUAUCAGAAAUUGGCUCCCUGAGCCUUGAGUUCACACGGCUGUCUCAAUUGACGGGCGACCCAAAGUACUAUGACGCUAUUCAGAGAAUAGCGGACGAGUUUGAGAAGAGCCAGAAACUCACCAAGCUCCCUGGCAUGUGGCCCGUAGUGGUGGACGCCCAGAAGCCCUCUUUCAAAGACGACAACUUCUUUACGCUUGGUGGCAUGUCUGACUCGCUCUAUGAAUACUUUCCUAAGCAAUACCUCAUUCUUGGCGGGCUGCUGGCACAGCCAAAGACCCUCUACGAAAACUUCAUCGAGGUAGCCAAGGAAUAUUUGUUCUUCCGAAUAUACAACCCCCAAAACGAACCGAUUACAGUCUCGGGAGAUGUUCGUGUCAGGGGCAACGGUGAACCUGGCCUUAACCCACAAGGCCAGCACCUUACCUGCUUCACUGGUGGGAUGGUUGGUCUAGCGUCCAAGAUCUUCAACCGGCCCCAUGAACUCUCCCUCGCCGAAGAACUCACUGCCGGCUGUGUCUGGGCCUAUGACAGUAGCGCAAACGGUAUUGCGCCAGAGAUUUUCUCUGUGAUACCUUGUCCAAAGAAUGAUUGCACUUGGAGCGAGAAACUUUGGCAUGACAAGCUCAAUGAAAAGUACCCCAAUCAUACUGCCAUCACCGUGGAGAUGAGGACCGAAAACGCGGAGAGAGUCAUCAAAGAGCGCCGUCUCACCCCGGGAAUGAUAGCCAUUGAAGACCGCCGCUAUAUCCUACGUCCCGAAGCCAUCGAAUCAGUCUUCAUCAUGUACCGCAUCACCGGCGAUCGCAAAUGGCAAGAUGCCGCCUGGCGCAUGUUUCAACAAAUAGAAAAAGUCUCGAGGACUGACAUCGCGGCGAGUGCGAUUGCGGAUAUCACGGUUGGUCCGGAUGAGGUCUCGGCGCAGAAGAUGGAUAGUAUGGAGAGCUUUUGGCUCGCAGAGACGUUGAAGUAUUUCUAUCUGUGCUUUGAGGAUUUUGAGAUAGUGAGUUUGGACGAGUUUGUGCUAAAUACAGAGGCACAUCCGUUGAGAAGACCGAAAUAGAGGGUCUAGGAUAUGGGAUUAGAGUUCGGGCUUUUCUGAAUAUGGGACUGUGGAUAAAGGCCGGCCUUGUGGAUAAGUGAAUUCCAAGCAUGGCACUACUAGACUCGGCUCUAACGAAGCCUCCAGAUAUUCUAGAAUAUAAAUACAUUACACA